CUCCCGCUUUGCUUUUGCACUUCGCUUUUCUGCCUUUCUCCUUUCUUCAUACACCUUAAGCUAUGGCAGCUCUGGUGAAGCUGGUUGCGUUAGCCUUCUUGUUGAUCGUUCCAAUCUCUGCAACUGACUACACGGUCGGAGACGCCUCCGGUUGGACUCUUGGCGUUGAUUACAACAAUUGGGUUGCCGGAAAAACUUUCAAAGUUGGCGAUCGUCUCGUGUUCACCUACGGCUCAUCUCACACAGUAGAUGAAGUGAACCAGGCAGGCUACACCAGUUGCUCUUCCUCAAGCCCCAUCAGCUCCGCCAGCGAUGGGAACACCACCAUCACCCUUAAAACCGCGGGGACUCACUACUUCAUCUGCGCCACCCCAGGCCACUGCCAACAGCGCAUGAAGGUCCAGAUUCCGGUGACUGGCUCCGCCGCAGGCUCGCCGGUGGGUUCGCCGUCUGGAUCACCGUCUACUCCAGCUUCUCCCAGUGCGCAGCCAAACGGAGUGUUCCGGAUUUCAUACUCCAUGAGCUCUUUGGUGCUAGCAGUUUCGUCCAUGGUGGCUCUGGCACUUGCUUGCUAGGAAAUUAGUUGGAGGCGGAGCAAUUCAUUUCAUUCAUUCAUUCUGCGCUGUUUUCAAAUAAUUGAGUCAUACACACACGUACACAGGGAGAUUGAUACUUGGCGGGGCUUGAAUCUUCUCCCCAUUUGAUUGGAUCAUCUUUAAUUGUUAAUUUGUUAUGUUUGUAUGUGAGAUUUUCUCCAUUUUUUUUUACAUGUUUGUGGAAUGUGGUUUGGUAUAUCUA